UGUUGAACGAUUGUUAUAUAUCUGCCGUUAAGAAGAAACUUUAGGCACAGGAUUUGAUGGAAAGUACAGGGGGAUCACGGACCCGGAAUAGUCAGUUGCCAAAAUGGUUCGUCGUGAAGACUUAAUAAUUGAAUCUACAUAAAAAGAAAAUAAGGAAACGCUGCCUUAACCGAAACAGCUGUUUUGAGGAUACAAGUGGAAAAACAUUUGUUAGCCUGGUUUCAACUGUUAGGUAAGGAUAAAUUAUUUGAGGAUUUUGUUUCGUAAGCAGACAAAAUGCAAGGUAUCCCCGGACAACUGGACAUCAACAACAUGCGUGACUUUGUUCAGAAGAACUCUCUAGAGCGGGUGGCUCACGAGAAAAGGACAAAGUCACUGGAGCACCAAAAGAAAGCCUUCGUGAGACAGUACUCCAAGGACGAACAGGAGGUCAAGGACAUUCUUCAGCGACUCCACGUGGAACAACAGAUAUAUGACGUAGAUUACAUUCAGCCAGAUACAGAUCGAGUGAAAAGUGAACUAGAGGAGGAAGACGAAGAGGAUGUGUUUGUUAACCCGUAUCCGAUCACAAUCGUUCCCAAGUUUGGUCAAGCGCCUACAAGACAGGGAUCCAUUAACAAGAAAAGCAAUGGCGACACAGACCCAGUGCGAUAUCGAUCUGGUCGCCGGAAGUCGCUCGAAUAUGAGGAUAUCCCGACACUGGGCGGUGCCAAGCAGAUCCAGCAUGGCCGUCCUUCCGUAACAGGCAUGACCACGUCUACUGGACGUACCAGAAAACUGUCCAGUACUUCUGAUCAACCGGAUAUGGCAGAUCUUUGGGUCGGUGAUCCCGAAUUUAUUUCCUCCGUGCGGAGACCUCGAAAAAGUUCUUCGGACAUAAAUCACCGGAAGUUACUUCAGCGAGCCAUGAGCGAUGUUUGGGUGCAGUCGAAUGCGGAAAGUUUGUCGAGAUUGUCAAUCUUUACACGGAAGUGUAGUACAGAUGAUGUACACAAAGACAUAACACAGACUCAAAUAACCCCAAAGAAAGAUCGGAAACCGAACUAUGACGAGAGUUGUAGAAAUAAUAACUCUCAAGAUGGAGCUGUCUCUUCGUCACCUGAACGUGACAGGAAGUUAAGCGUCAACAAAGACGCGCACGCAUCUCCUUUAAAGGAUGAAACGAAAUUGUUGGUUUCGGAUAAGAAGAAUUCUCCCAGUAGAUCUGGAAAGAAAUCUUCUUUGAAAAAAUCAAGUAAAUCGGAAAACGAGUUGAAAUCUACAAUAAAAUAUGACGCUGACGAUGCAGAGGGUAAGGAGAAUGACGUCAGUCUUUACAGAAAAACAUCAGAGAGCGGGGCUUGUAGAAUGCGCAAAAUGGGGAGAGCUGAAAACGACUAUCCCGAUAUUGAUCUUACUGAAAGAAGUAAUGAGCAAAGUAAAGAGACUGAGGACAAAAAACGGGUAUUGAAGAAGAAACGGUCAAUGCCAGAUAUGAAACUAGGGUCACCAUCAACGAUAGCAUCAGACGAGUCAUUGUCAGAACCUAGAACGAGGGCAAGACACGGUUCACUGAAAGAAAAGAACAAGGAAAAAACUGAUGUCAAAUCGAGGCCACGGAACGGUUCGUUUCAUUAAAAGGUAAAACCAUGUUUACUUGAUGACAAACACUUCUUGUAUGUGUGCACGUGAUUAUUUUUAAACCGGGCAUUCAAUAUGAAGAGGAUAUGUGCCGCGCUGUUGGUGUAUAUAGUGCAUGUUAAGUUGAGAGUGUGACUGGAGUUGGUGCUUUACAUCACAUGAUGUGAUGUGAUUUACCCAUUGUAAAUAUCUUUUCAAGAAAAUGUUGACGGCCAAACGCAUUUGAACGAGUUUUACUUUUUUGGCUGAAAGAGCAAAAUAUAUACCAAAGUAAGUCUAUAUGCAAUAAGGAUAUGUGUGGGUUUAAAUGUUUCCAGCGAUUUUUCUUAUUGUUAUAGAUGCAAAAUGAAAACCUCGCCAAUGCAGGCUCCUUGUAAUGAAGCGUGCAUAAGGAUUUACUAUUGGGAUUGUUCUAAAAUAUUUUAUCAUCUUUUAAAAUGAAACAUUUACCAAUAGGUAUUACUGUUAUAAAAUUAGCUAAUAUUGAAUAUAUUAUUUAAAUGUUUCGAAUUCCAGACACGUUUUUGUAAAUUCCUCAUUGUUUAUAUCAUUAAAGGUUGUAUCGCUUGACAAAAGUUAAGGUUUGGGUAAUUAUAUACGAUGUCGAUUUUUCCACAUACUCAACGUUACUUUCGUCUUUGAUAUCACAUUGAACGUAACAGUGUCCCUUUGUUUUGUCUAAUGCGCUUGUCUGUUUUAUAUUCUACCCGCUGUACCAGAACUUCAGAACGCCGUUUUACGAUAUCUGCCAAUAACGUAAAAAGCAUCAAACCACUAUCCCAUUACAGUCAUACAACGUUAUAACUUUACUGGUAUUUGGAGAAAAAAACGUUUACCUACAGAGGAAACUAUUUUGCUGCCCAUAGAAUGAAUGAAUGAAUUAGACAGACGACUCUUUUUGUCAAAUUUGGCAGACUAUCGGUUUUUGAAGAAAAACAAGAUACCAAUACUAGAGGGAUCAUGUGGUAACUUUCAUAAAAAUGUCAUACUACUAAUGUUUGACAUUGUCUUUUCGGACUGAGAUUGUCGUUCGACCUAUUUACUAGCACAGUACUAGCAUUAUGUGUAGGUGUAAAUAGAUAUCAAGAAAGAUUUCUCAUUUCGGGCAGUCAUAUUUUUUUCUGAUCAAGCAGCUUGAAUCUCAGAAUGAUAUAUAUAUUUGCAAUAUGGAACAGCCAAAAUUCAGGACAGCCGCCAAGUUGAUCAAUAACGGGCACCAAUAAUGUAAGGGAAACUGUGUCGUUCGGAACAUAAACCAUGAAAAUCUUAGCAUAUAUUUGUUCAUUUUAGUUAUGUGUGCAUUGUUUUUGACAAUAUUUGACUUUUUUUACAAAUGAUAGUUAAUGCUUUCCUUCAGACGAUUAAGGCACUUGUAUGUCUAGCAUUACUAAUUACAACAAACAAGUGUAGAUAUAGCAGAAUGACUUUUAUUAUCUUUACAUUCAAACUGUACCAUUUGCAUUGCAAAUUUGGAGUUUAAUAAGGGCAUGUAAUAUAAA